AAUGGCCAGAGGAGGGGCCCUUCGCUUGCCUACUACUCCUACUCCCCUCUCUUCACGUGCACACAACGCCUCCCUUGGCGGCCGCGCGUCGGCAAUGGCUGCGGCGGCGGCGGUGACGACGGAGGAGGACGUGAUCAUCGUCGGCGCGGGGCAGUCGGGGCUGGCGGUGGCGGCGUGCCUGUCCCUGCGCGGCGUGCGCGCCCUGGUCCUGGAGCGCGACGACUGCGUGGGCUCGCUGUGGCGGAAGCGCGCCUACGACCGGCUCCACCUCCACCUGGCCAAGAAGUACAGCGCGCUCCCGCACGCGCCGCACCCGGACUCAGCGCCGACGUACCUCCACCGCGACGAGUACGCGGCGUACCUGGACGGGUACGCGGCGCGCUUCGGCGUCCGCACCCGCCUCCGCCGCGAGGUCCGGUGCGCGCGCUACGACCCCGGCGCCGCGCGGUGGGAGGUGGAGGCCGCCGCCGCCGCCGCCGGCGGCGCGGGCGAGGUCGUCGUCGAGCGGUACGCGGCGAGGUUCCUGGUGGUGGCGUCCGGGGAGAACGCCGAGAAGUUCGUUCCCGAGGUGCCCGGGCUCGAGGCGUUCCCCGGCAAGGUGAUGCACGCCGCCGAGUACCGGUCGGCGGAGGGCAUGCAAGGGAAGGCCGUGCUCGUCGUCGGCUCGGGCAACUCCGGCAUGGAGAUCGCGUAUGACCUCGCGGCCGCCGGCGCCAUCACCUCCAUCGUCGUCCGCAGCGAGCUUCAUCUGGUGACCAAGGAGAUCUGGAACGUGGCGAUGGCGCUGUCCGCGUACCUGCCGGUGUGGGUCAUCGACAAGCUGGUGCUGCUCAUGUGCGCCGUCGUGUUCGGCGACACGUCCAGGCACGGCCUCCGCCGCCCCGCCGUGGGGCCCUUCACCAUGAAGCUCACCACCCCGGCCUACCCCGUCGUCGACGUCGGCACCUACGCCAAGAUCAGGACCGGCGAGAUCCGCGUGCUCCCCGCCGCCGUCAAGAGCGUCCGCGGCAACGUCGUCGAGUUCGGGGACGGCAAGCGACACCCCUUCGACGCCAUCGUCUUCGCCACCGGCUACCGCAGCACCGUCACGCACUGGCUCAAGAGCGAGGACGGGCUGAUCGGAGACGACGGGAUGGCGGCGCGGAGCUACCCGGAGCACUGGAAGGGGGACAACGGGCUGUACUGCGCCGGGAUGGUGCGGAGGGGCAUCUACGGCAGCUGCGAGGACGCGGAGCUCAUCGCCGGCGACAUCAGCAAGCUGCUGCUGCUGCGCCCCCAGCAGGAGCAGGAGCAGGAGCAGGGCAACGGCUUCUAGUGGAAUGUGAUUGUGAUUGCUACUGUGCCGCCGACUAUCAUAUAUAUAUUUAUAUUAAACAUAUAAAUAUAUGUUUAUGAUGCUUUGUGGAAUGUGAUUGCUGAAAGAGAUGGGCAGGGCAGGAGAGAGACACCAUGCAAGCAAGACGCUUCUUUGUUGGUUGCAAUGGAAACAAGCUCAAUAUUGUUUGAUUGGUAACUAUAAUAAUGGUUGCGUGAAUAAACUAAACGCGCGUGCUUGAGAUAGCCACGCCACCACCGCUCGUUA